GCGCGGCGCGGCCCCAGCUGGUUGCUAAGAGGGUUAAACUGUAUCCAAACAGCUUUGGGGAAAUCCAGCCCCUUCUCCCGCCGCAUGGAUCGACUCAUUGGGUGGGAGCGGCGGAGAGACAAGGGUCUCCAGCAAAUCAGCGCUUAAUUGAUUAAGGCGAGCUGGUUUGAAUAGAGCUGGCCAUGUGCCAAUCGCCUUUCAAAGAGCCCCUCUAUGAUUAAUCGCAAUGCAUUAUUGAUAAUCAUAAUUAUAGCAGGACACAUGCGCGGUGCGCGGAGGACCGGGGAGGCUGGGGGGGGGGAGGCUCGAUUUCCGUAAUUUUGAGAAGAUUUUUUUUUAGUAAUUUUUUAUUCUGCCCCAGCUGAUGUUUGAGCCAGCAUGUCGCGGAGGAAGCAGGCGAAGCCUCAGCAUUUCCAAUCCGACCCCGAUCUGGCCUCGUUAUCCCAGCGAAAUGGAGACACAGAAAAGGGUCAAGGAAAUCGAACCACUAAGAAUAAGGAUGCCCAUGUCUGUGGCAGGUGCUGUGCUGAGUUCUUUGAAUUAUCAGAUCUCCUGCAACACAAGAAGAACUGUACUAAAAAUCAAUUAGUUUUAAUUGUGAAUGAAAAUCCAGCUUCUCCUCCUGAAACCUUCCCUCCUAGUUCCCCGUCUGAUAAUCCUGAUGAACAGAUGAAUGACACAGUUAAUAACACAGAUCAAGUAGACUGCAGUGACCUUUCAGAGCAUAACAAACUUGACAAGGAAGAAUCCAUGGAUGUGGAGGCUUCCAGCAUUAACAAUAGCAGUAGCAGUUCCAAGAGUGUCAACAAUAGUAUUACAAGCAGUAACAGCUCCACAAUGGGUACCUCAUCUGUAACAACCUCUCUACCUCACAUAGGGGAUCUGACGACGUUAGGCAACUUCUCAGUAAUAAACAGUAACGUAAUAAUUGAAAAUCUUCAGAGUACUAAAGUGGCAGUAGCACAGUUCUCGCAGGAAGCAAGGUGUAACGGUGCGUCAAACAACAAGCUUGCUGUACCUGCCCUGAUGGAGCAACUGUUGGCUUUACAGCAGCAGCAGAUCCACCAGUUGCAACUGAUUGAACAAAUUCGUCACCAAAUAUUAUUGUUGGCUUCCCAAAAUACGGACAUGCCAACAUCUUCUAGCCCGUCUCAAGGUACUUUACGAACAUCUGCCAACCCCUUGUCCACGUUAAGUUCCCAUUUAUCCCAGCAGCUGGCUGCAGCAGCUGGAUUAGCACAAAGCCUUGCUAGUCAAUCUGCCAGCAUCAGUGGUGUGAAACAGCUACCCCCUAUACAGCUACCUCAGAGCAACCCUGGCAGCACUCUAAUUCCAUCCAGCAGUGGCUCUUCUCCAAAUAUUAACAUACUGGCAGCAGCAGUUACAACACCGUCCUCAGAAAAAGUGGCUUCGAGUAUUGGUGGCUCACAGCUCAGCAACCCACCAGUAUCAGCAUCAUCUUCACCAGCUUUUGCAAUAAGCAGUUUAUUAAGUCCUGCAUCUAAUCCACUUCUACCUCAGCCCACCCCUAGUAACUCUAUUUUCUCCAGCCCCUUGUCCAAUAUCGGAACACCUGCAGAGGAUUUAAACUCCUUGACUGCCUUGGCACAGCAAAGAAAAAGCAAGCCACCAAAUGUAACUGCUUUUGAAGCAAAAAGUAAUUCAGACGAGGCGUUCUUUAAGCAUAAAUGCAGGUUCUGUGCUAAAGUGUUUGGGAGUGACAGUGCCUUGCAGAUUCAUUUACGUUCUCACACUGGCGAGAGGCCAUUUAAAUGCAACAUAUGUGGAAACAGGUUCUCCACAAAGGGAAAUUUAAAAGUCCACUUUCAGCGGCAUAAAGAAAAAUACCCUCACAUUCAGAUGAAUCCAUACCCAGUGCCAGAGCAUUUGGACAAUAUUCCUACAAGCACGGGUAUUCCUUAUGGGAUGUCUAUACCGCCAGAGAAGCCUGUCACCAGCUGGCUGGACAGCAAACCAGUCCUCUCCACGCUCACCACUUCUGUGGGGCUGCCACUCCCGCCAACGAUACCAAGCUUGACCCCAUUCAUCAAAACUGAGGAGCCUCAGCCGAUUCCCAUUAGCCAUCCCUCUGCCAGCCCUCCCUGCUCUGUCAAGAGUGACUCGGGAACCGCUGACCCCACAUCAAAAAUUUCCAAUGGACUUUCUGAUGAGGUAGAGGCUGGUGCUUUGCCUACCUCAAACGGCAAAAUGGAAGAAAACCCUCAAAAUUCAAACUCCGUUGCUAACAUGAGCAGCUCUGUAAGUUCACCGGCAGCAGACUCAGGCUCUGGCAGCAUCGCCACUUUUACAAAUCCACUGAUGCCUCUAAUGUCAGAGCAAUUCAAGGCAAAGUUUCCAUUUGGAGGACUGUUGGAUUCGACGCCAGCGUCUGAAACGUCAAAACUGCAGCAACUGGUAGAAAACAUCGACAAAAAGGCAACCGAUCCCAACGAGUGUAUCAUUUGCCACCGAGUUCUCAGUUGCCAGAGCGCACUGAAAAUGCAUUAUCGCACCCAUACCGGUGAGCGGCCAUUUAAAUGUAAAAUCUGUGGACGCGCUUUCACUACUAAAGGCAACUUAAAGACUCAUUACAGCGUCCACCGUGCCAUGCCCCCCCUGAGAGUACAACAUUCAUGCCCGAUCUGCCAGAAGAAAUUCACCAAUGCCGUUGUGCUUCAGCAGCACAUCCGGAUGCACAUGGGAGGGCAGAUCCCAAACACCCCGGUCACCGAAAACUAUCCCGAGUCAAUGGAAUCUGAUACAGGAUCUUUUGAUGAUAAGAAUUUUGAUGAUUUAGACAACUUCUCAGAUGAGAACAUGGAAGACUGUCCUGACAGCAGUGUGCCAGAUACUCCGAAAUCUGCAGAUGCAUCACAAGACAGCUUGUCUUCUUCCCCUCUGCCCCUGGAAAUGUCAAGUAUUGCUGCUUUGGAGAAUCAGAUGAAGAUGAUCAAUGCAGGACUUGCGGAACAACUUCAGGCAAGCUUGAAGUCAGUAGAAAAUGGGUCAGUGGAAGGGGAUGUUUUGACUAACGAUUCGUCGUCUGUUGGUGGUGACAUGGAAAGCCAAAGUGCUGGAAGCCCUGCUGUCUCGGAGUCUACCUCUUCCAUGCAGGCCUUGUCCCCAUCCAACAGCACUAAUGAUUACCACAAGUCACCAAGUAUCGAAGAGAAACCAGUAAGAGCUUUACCAAGUGAGUUUGCCAAUGGUUUGUCUCCAACCCCUGCAAACAGUGGUGCUUUGGACUUGACAUCUAGUAACACUGAUAAAAUGAUUAAAGAAGAGUCUCUGAGUAUGCUCUUUCCUUUCAGAGAUAGAGGUAAAUUUAAAAACACCGCAUGUGACAUUUGUGGCAAAACAUUCGCUUGUCAGAGUGCCUUGGACAUUCAUUACAGAAGUCAUACCAAAGAGAGACCAUUUAUUUGCACAGUUUGCAAUCGUGGCUUUUCCACAAAGGGUAAUUUGAAGCAACAUAUGUUGACACAUCAAAUGCGAGAUCUACCAUCACAACUUUUUGAGCCCAAUUCCAGUAUCGGUCCUAAUCCGAACUCUUCGGUUAUGCCUGCUAAUUCACUGUCAUCGCUCAUAAAGACGGAGGUUAACGGCUUCGUGCACAGCUCCCCUCAGGACGGCAAAGAAACACCCUCUGCUCUGGCUGCUUCGGGGCCGCUGUCCUCUGCCACGUCCCCUGUCCUGCUGCCUGCUCUCCCCAGAAGAACCCCCAAACAGCACUACUGCAACACGUGUGGGAAAACGUUUUCCUCCUCCAGCGCUCUGCAGAUCCACGAAAGGACGCACACUGGUGAGAAACCUUUUGCCUGCACUAUAUGUGGAAGAGCAUUCACAACAAAAGGCAAUCUGAAGGUUCACAUGGGCACUCACAUGUGGAACAGCACUCCCGCAAGGCGAGGCAGACGACUUUCCGUCGAUGGCCCCAUGACGUUCCUAGGAGGCAAUCCUGUGAAGUUCCCGGAAAUGUUCCAGAAGGAUUUGGCUGCGCGGUCAGGGAACGGAGACCCGUCCAGCUUCUGGAACCAGUACGCAGCAGCGCUCUCCAAUGGCUUGGCCAUGAAGACCAACGAGAUCUCCGUCAUCCAGAACGGCGGCAUCCCUCCGCCGCCGGGGGGCCUGGGCAACGGGGGCAGCUCGCCCAUCAGCGGCCUGACGGGCAGCCUGGAGAAGCUCCCGAGUUCGGAACCCAACGCACCUCUAGCUGGUCUGGAGAAAAUGGCAAGCAAUGAGAACGGGACAAACUUCCGCUUUACGCGUUUCGUGGAAGACAACAAAGAAAUUGUAACGAAUUAGUAAAAACUAUACGUAACAUUCCUGCAAAUAGUGCAACCUAGGGUUGCUUUUUUCAAACUGCAAGCUACAACAUUACAGAGACUUUCUUUUUUUUUUUUUUUUUGUACCAUGUUCUACUUCUAGAGUUCUAAGAGAGCUUAUUUAUUAGCGAUAUAACCUUGCUUUGCAAACAAAUGCAAGCAUUAACUUUGGUCUCCUGUAUUUUGAACUAAAUACUAAUCGACUAGAGUGCUGUAAAGUUGCUGUAACAUUUAUGGCAGUUGCGAGUCUGUUCUGCUAGGUGAUCUUAUUCUGGCAUUAACUUAUUUUCUAUACCCAGUUUAACAUGAACUCUGGUAUUGAUGCAAUGCCUCAGUGAUGCAUUAGAUCUCUAAUAAAAGUCUGUAUAUAAAUGUACACUUUGAUCCUGCUGGAAAUUUUAUCAGCAAAACACAUUGUUUAAUUUUUCCAAACAGAAUUAAGAAAAGGACUGAAAGGAUAUAGACUGAACAGUGUGGGUCCUUUACACAGCUCAGUUUUUGAUUUUUAUUAUAAAAUUAAAACUGCUUUAAUUUUUGUAGGUUUAACAUUUUCCGUUUUGAACUGUUAUUUGUAUUGUGCUUUUUACUUGAGUCGUCUUAAAUGUUAAUACAUUUCUGUACAGUAAUAAGCACGCAGAUUAUUAGAGGAGAUACUGAAGUGUUGUUUUGGUAGUUGAAACUGAGACGUAACAUUUUGCCUUGUAGGUAUAUCCAUUAUAGAAGAUGUGCUGGACUUUCACAAUGCUGCUAAGUAUAGCAUCUUGAACAACUCUCGUGGACAACUGUAGAUGCUCCUGUAUAUACAAUAAGACAUCACUUUCAUUAAAAUGUAUAUACGUUCCUUACAAGACCAAGCCCUACUCCUUGACUAAGGGAACAAGUAUAGUGUCUGUUUAUUUUGUAUUAGGUAUGGGGGCAGGGGGAACCUUGGACUGUUACAUGCACUUUCUCGGAAAGUUGAAAGGAAAAAAGAGGUCCAGUUUCUUUAACAUUUAAUACUUACUAACAGCAGAGAUACUGUAAUUUUACUCGAGUAAUCAAAUACAUUUUUGCAACAGAUAAAAAUUGCUGUCUCUGUGUUUUUAAAGUGUACCUGUAUUUGGUAAUCAUUUUGAAUGUAUUACUUAGCCUUUCCCUCGGUUAACACGAACUGUCCAGGUUGUACGUGUGUGUUUAUAUUUGUAAGUAUGGAUAUACAUAUGUGCUGCAUAUUAAUUGCUGGUAUAUUUUUCAUACUCCCUAAUAGUGGGGACUUUCUCCUUAAUUAAUCAAGUAGCCUUCUCAUCAAA